CAGGUCGUCAAGACCGACGUCUGCGCGUACAGCGGCCUGCGGAUCUACCCGGGCCACGGCAUCUUCUACGUGCGUGCGGAUCAAAAGAGCUUCAAGUUCAUCAACCGCAAGAGCAAGUCGCAGUUUCUGCAGCGCCUGAACCCGCGCAAGAUCGCGUGGACGCAGCUGUACCGCCGGAUGCACAAGAAGGGCACGAUGGAGGAGAGGGUGGGAAGGAGGGGUGGCGCGAACGCGCGGACGACGAACAAGGCGGUGGUCGGCAUGACUCUGGACGUCAUCAAGGCGAAGCGGAGCCAAAAGCCGGAGGUGCGCGCGGCCGCGCGUGAGGCUGCGCUGCGCGAGAUCAAGGAGCGCAACAAGGCCAAGCAGGCCGCGAAGAAGGCGGAGCAA